GGAGGUGACAGGAGGUGACAGUGCCCUGUCCCCAGGCCAGUUCCUGGUGUCGCAGCUGAUGUCCCUCGGGCCGUCCCUCGGGCUGUCCCUCGCCUUUGUCUGGACGCGCCGCCCGGAGGCGCUGCAGGAGCUGCCCCCCCACCUGCGCCUGGCGGACCUGCGGCAGCUGCCGAGCACGGGGGUGGCGCUGGUGGUGGAGGUGGCCCACCCGUGCGUGGUGCAGGAGCACGGCGAGGACAUCCUGGGACACGCCGACCUGAUGCUGGGGUCCCCGACGGCGCUGGCGGACGGUGACACCGAGCGGCGGCUGCGGGCGGCGGCGGCGCGGGGGGGACACACCCUGUACGUGCCCCGGGGGGCGCUCUGGGGCUGCGAGGACAUCGCCAGGAUGGACAGCGCGGGGACACUGCAGGCGCUGACGGUGACGAUGACGAAGGCCCCGGGCAGUUUCCGUGCCCAGGGGUGGCUGUCCCCACGCCUGGCGGCCGCGGUGGCCUCGGGGACGAGGACGGUGCUGUACCGGGGUCCCCUGCGCCCGCUGUGUCCCCUUGUCCCCAACAACGUCAACGCCAUGGCGGCCGCGGCCGUGGCGGCGCCGCGCCUCGGCUUCGACGGCGUCACCGCCUGCCUGGUGGCCGACCCCAGUGUCCCCGACUGCCACAUCGUCACCGUGGAUGUCACCGCUGUCCCCGAGGGUGGCCGCGCCCUGACCGUGUCCAGCACCCGCCGCAACCCCGCCGAGCCCGGCCACGUCACGGGCAGCGCCACCCGCCACAGCUUCUGGAGCAGCGUGCUGGCCUGCACCGGACACGGCGGCUGCGUCAAGCUCUGCUGAGGAAGGAGGGAGAGCGGGAACCCAGCGGGGACGCCACGGGGACAAAUUUGUUGUCGCCAACAUUUGGGGACAUUUUGGGGACAAUAAAAUAAAACCCCGCCCGA